AUGGAAGGCGUUGAGGAAGGGAAAGAUUCGCAAAAGGCAGCAAUUCAUGCGCUUCCGGAUGCAAGAAUAUCUCUCGUAGAUACCACGGAGAAGGUUUCAGAACUUGUCCGAUUUAUUAACGAAUCUGCGGCGUCUCACACGGAUGAGCCCUCGUUUUAUUUCGACUGCGAAGGCGAAAACCUUGGACGACAUGGCACCGUCACUCUGCUCGCCAUCUACGUCCCGGAUCUCUUGCGAGCAUUUGUUGUUGACCUGCAGGAGCUUGAUGGCAAUGCUCUUACGACAGAAGGGCAGGGUGAGAGCCUGAAGACCAUCUUCGAGUCGCCCAAAAUUCUGAAAGGUGUCUUCGAUUGUCGCGGAGAUGGCGAAGCUCUCUUCGCCCACUACAACUUGAAUCUUGACGGGAUCGUUGACGUGCAGCUAAUGGAAGCAGCUACCCGCAAAAAUAGCAAGCGACUAUUUGGGCUAGAUGUCUGCAUCAAGAACAGGCUCAAAGAUCUCGAUCCUACCGCGAAGGUCAAAUUCUCGGAAUGCAAGGAAAGUGUCAAGGAGCUUAUGCGAUCAGGAGAUGGGUUGUGUUUCGCCGAACGUCCUCUGCCGAAGCUUCUGCUCGAAUACGCCGCGUCGGAUGUCAUCGUACUACCGAUGCUCUAUGAGCACUUUGCGAACCACGAGUGCUACUGGGGAGAAUGGCCUUCACGUGUUAUUGAGGAGACCAACCAACGACUGAAGCUCUCGCGGCAUCCGAAUUACGACCCGAGCAGUCUGGACAUGAGGGCAGGGCCUGUGGAAUGGGUGAAGAUGCCCAGAAUACCGAGACCGCGAGUCGAAGGGGAACCCUAGGGGAUAUCAAUCGCAUUGAAGAAAGCAAGUGAGGAAAAGAAUUUCGGUGUCCAGAUGCGAAUUUCGCAGCAUUGAUUGUAUUCGAAGGUAGAUCAAUAGCGCUAAGCGCUACAAGUCCCAACGCC